AUGAACCUCCAAAGAACAUUUCAGAAGGCCUUUAGCGUUUUAUUUAAUACAAAUGUGAACAGUGCGUUGCCAUGUUUAAUCCGCCUUAAACAUACCAAAGAGGAUGUCUCCGAACAUAGAGCUAAAAUGAUGGCUCGUGGGCUUCCUGAGAAGAAACCUCUACCAGGAGUCAAAAGUAUAAUAUUAGUAGCUUCUGGCAAAGGAGGUGUGGGAAAGACUACAACAGCUGUGAAUCUUGCAUGUGCUAUGAAAGUGAUAGAGCCAGACAAGGAGAUUGGAUUGCUGGAUGCUGAUGUGUUUGGUCCCUCAGUGCCUCUGAUGAUGAACAUAAGUGGAGAACCCAUGCUCAACGAUGACAAUCUUAUUGAGCCACUGCUUAACUAUGGUGUUAAAUGCAUGUCCAUGGGUUUACUUGUAUCUGGGGAAAAUGCAGUAGUAUGGCGCGGCUUGAUGGUGAUGCAGGCUCUGGAGCGGUUAACACGACACGUGGCAUGGGGCCCACUCGACUGCCUGGUUGUGGACACACCCCCAGGCACUGGUGAUACACACCUCUCGCUUGCACAGAAUUUGCCUCUUGAUGGAGCUCUCGUAGUAACAACACCGCAACAAGCUGCACUUCAAGUGACCAAACGAGGCGUCAACAUGUUCGAGAAACUCAAAGUGCCUGUCAUUGGCAUGGUGGAGAACAUGUCACAUGCUAUAUGUCACAGCUGCGGUUCCAAAAACUUCGUGUUUGGCAGUGAAACAAAAAAAUGCGCUGACCAAAUGGGCUUGGAAAUCAUUGAAAGUUUCGAAGUUGAUCAAAAUAUGUCGGAAUGUAUAAAUAGCGGGAAACCAGCCAUAUAUGCGCUACCAGACAGCGUACACGCAGAGAAAUACAGGCAGUUAGCAAAUAAAGUGUUCAAAUAUAUAGAUACUAAGGAAAGAAUGCAAGCCAAGAUAAAAGAAUAG